AUGGCUCAAAAUACACAACAUCGCGAUAAUAACCUUCGCAAUGCAUCUCUUCACCCCUUCGGGCUCGUACUCAUCACCAAUGUGAUCGCUACAUCGCACCCCCACGCUCAAGUCCCCAUCUGCCAUCAAUGUGAGGAGAAGAAACCCGCUCCUCCGAUUCCACAAUGCGGACAUAAUAACAACCGUCCAGAGCUACAAUCAGGCCAGUGCGCAACAACAUACAGGUGCUCCGGCCACUGCGGUUCAGUGGCCAUCCCGCACCUCAACACCCAGACCCUUGAAUGCGACUACGCAGAAGUACCUGUAGGACCAGAUGGAUGCACCAUCGACCAGUGCUACGAUCCGCCCGAAUGUCCCAGCGACUGCAACACCAAGUCAGAGUCGAACGACGUCUGCGUCAACGAUCAAACCGGCUGCCCGGCAAUGGAUGGCUCGAUUCGGCGAUACGGCGGCAAAGACUACAUCUACCGCUGCAACAAAGGCUUCUGCACUACGACCGUCAGCUCCAUCAGCAAUACCGAUACCCUGAAGGAGUGUGCAGAGAAAUGCUCGCGAGAUCCGGCCUGUAGGAUGGUCUCCCAUCACAAGAAAACAUGCACCCUGGCUACGACAGUCGGGACGGUGGAAAACGUCCCGGGCUCGGUUGUCCUCGAACCCGUCGGCCCCUCGCCAAAUACACAUGACGGCAACGACUGCGCGCGUCUCCACCAGACUCGCCAGACAAUCCACGGAUCGAGUUCCAGCUUCACUGCGAUACACGUCUUGCUGACGCGGCAUCAUGCCAUCCCAAACCGGCGGCGUCAUAUGAAGACUGCGCUGCGCAAUAAAGCACACCCUUCGAAGGAGACCGGAUCAAUCGCCUUGGAGCCACUUCCCGGCUACGGUUGUCCAUACGUUGACUGGGCGGUCAAGGAGAUUGGCGGCGUACACUACGAGUACCAUUGCAACGCCAGGCUGGAAUCCGGCGGCAAAUGGACUCAGGUCCAUGUAGCUAGCGAGAUGGAGUGCGCGCUACAGUACUCCACGAAUAUCCACUGUACUGGUAUUUCUCUGCGCGGGCAACAGUGCUAUCUGGCUACGGCUCCAAUCCACCUCCAGCCAAAGGGUAAUUGGGUAGCCUUGGUACCGGUGAGCAGUCACAAGCAGCCCAAGGAGCCCAAGAAGCCCAAAGAGGACGGUCUUCAGGUCCCUGAGUGUAGAGUCUCACAUGGGCAGUUGGUCGCCUACAAGGGCCACACCUACUCAAUUAACUGCUAUCGGUGGAUUGGGGGUGAUGGGUUCGCCACCGCUACCAAACACAGCCUGGCCGAUUGUAUCAAGAUGUGCGCGGAUUAUGCCAAUUAUAUUGCCCUGCACUAUCUCCCUAGUCAGAAAUCCUGUGCCAUUCACGACAAUAUUCCGGGGGUGGGGACCCAGGGAGACUUUGGGGUUGCUUAUCUUAAGCUCCAGGGCACUCUGACCCUGUUCACUAACAAAGUUGCGAAUCAGAUUCUUUUUGGACUUAUGUCCAAGUUAGCUGCCCUGACCGGAAAGAACAUCCAAAUUCCCAGCAUGCCCAUGAUCGAUAACAUCAGCACAGUCAACACCGAGCCGUCCAAAGAUACCCCCAAAAACCCCGCUAAAGUUGAGACCAAGAAGCAGCUCAAUGAGUUCGCGACCAAGAACCUAGCUAGCUUCCCUCAGUUCUCAGAAGACAAGAUCCAGGAAAUUACCAGCCAGGGCAGCCACCAACAUCCAGGGCAUCACCACUAA